AGGAGGAGGCAGCGACAACGACAGCGGUCAACGACAACGGUGACUGCUGCGAGCUCUCGCCUCGGGCCGGCCGGCUGCGGUUGCGGGAGCGCCCGGCGGCUCCGCGCAGGUGGCGUGGCCGGGGGCCGCCGCCUCCCUUGCAUGAGCGACGGGGCGCAGCGGCCGCCGGUGGCUCCGCUCCUGCCCCGGGCGCGGGGAAGUUACUGCUCGCCUGCCGUUCUGCUUCCAGCCCUCGCUUCUGGCCGAGGAUAUUCCUCAUAAUUAUUCAUAUCCAGGACAGAGUAUAUAAUGGGGAGAAAACUGGAUCUUUCUGGCUUGACUGAUGAAGAAGCAGAGCAUGUGCUUCAGGUGGUUCAGCGAGAUUUCAGCCUUCGUAAGAAAGAAGAAGAAAGGCUGAGUGAAAUGAAGCAGAAGUUGGAUGAAGAGGGUAACAAGUGCAGCAUCCUUUCCAAGCAGCAAAAGUUCAAUGAGCACUGCUGUAUUCGCUGCUGUUCCCCUUUCACAUUUCUUAUCAACAGCAAGCGACAGUGCCAAGACUGCAAGUACAACAUCUGCAAGAGCUGCAGUUCUUAUCAGAAGAAGGAGAAGGCUUGGAUUUGCAGCGUCUGCCAACAAGCAAGGCUUCUAAGGGCCCAGUCUCUGGAUUGGUACUAUAAUAAUGUCAAAAGCCGCUUUAAAUGUUUUGGAAGUGCCAAAGUCCUGAAAAACUUAUACAAGAAACAUAGACUGGAGAGCGGAGUUUGUCCUGAUGUAAUAGAAGGAAGUUUUUUUGAAGGAAGCUUUGAAAAUGAAGGAAGCAUUUGUGGCAGCGACUCUACAUUCUACCGACAGACAGAAGGACACAGCAUGAUGGAUACCCUUGCUGUGGCCUUACGUGUUGCAGAGGAAGCAGUGGAAGAAGCUAUUUCUAAGGCAGAGACCUACAGUGACAGCCUGGACAAGCAGAACGAGGCUUGUUACUUGCAGGAACACAAGGAGGACCUCAUAGAAGAGCUGGCCACAACCAUCGUGCAGAAGAUUAUAAAGAAGCAGAAGAGCAAAACUGAGCAGGCCGAGGCUGACUUUGAAUGGCCACCAUCCAGGAGCAGUGGCCUGGCAUCUGUUGCGGUCUCAGAUCAGAGUAUGCUGACUUUUCCAGGGAGCCGCAGGGGAUCCUACACGUUAUGGAGGUCUCAGUCUGCAUUCUCCCUGGCUAGUGAAGAUAUGCCCAGUAAAGGACUAGACCUUGCAUCAUCUGUGACUGAGGCUCUUUGGAGGCAGCAAAAAGGACAAUUCAGGAAGCAGAAGGAACGCAAGCUCUCUGCAUUACCCAGCUGGAAAAGUGUGGACAGACUAAAUGAAACAAAUCCGCCUUCUGUUUUUCAAAGCACUGAUGGAAACUGGGUAGCUUUGCAGAAUGUCACUUUGCCUCGUCCUCGAAUGCUCGUCAAACCAAAGAGUCAAGUAUUCGAAGCUCUGGAGAAUGAAUCCAGUGUUGUGUCUGCCUAUGAUGAGAUGGGCUCAGACAGUGAGGAUGACUAUGACUGGAAUGUGGCCUUGAACAAACUGCGUGGGAGAUCUCAGCAAUUACCAGAUGAUUUCUGUUACAGCAAUUCCCAGUAUGGUACUGAAUGGGUUUAUGGCAAUGAUCAGUACCAGGCAGUGACUUCCCCUUCCUCUGGGUUAUACACCAAUACUGAGACACUGUUCUCUGAUUCAGAAACAUCUUCAGUAAAUUCUUCCCAGGAAGCUAAAGGACCUAGCAAACUUCCCUGCCUACAAAGCAGAACUCAAAGUGAUGUGCCCAGAAUGGAAAAAAAACAUUUCCAUGGAGAACUGGAUGUAAAUUUCAAUCCACAGGCAACCAGUUUGGAGUAUUCGGACAGCAGUGAGACUGAAGAAGUCUGUUAUGAUUUAGGAAAGAGGUCAAGAAGGUGGAGGAAGAACAAAGUGAUCUCUGAAGAAUUAUGUGAAGAAAAAAAUUACACAAAAGUCAACAAGAUGAAUUUAAGUCAGGAUUUUGAUGAUUUAUCAGAAACUGAUAUAAGCAGUGAGGAUCAGCGUCAUAAUAUUAAGCCUGACCUUAUGGAGGAGGAGCUUAAAUCCAGGUUAUUUCAGCUUGCUGCUAAAAUGAGUGACAAGGAAACAUCUUCUGGUGAAGAACAAGAGUCAGAACCUAGAACAGAUCCUGAAAACCAGAAGGAGAGUUUGUCCUCAGAGGAAAAUGGCAGAAGUAUUCAGGAAGAGUUAAAGAAGAAGUACUCUGCUGUCUCUCUCUGCAACAUAUCUACAGAAGUCCUGAAAGUCAUCAAUGCCACUGAAGAACUGAUAGCAGAAUCCACCGGUCCCUGUGAUUUCCCAGCUGACAUUCAGGACAGAGGAAGAGGGACCUUCCCACUGGGGACAGACCCCAUCAGACUUGACGAGCAGCUAACCACACUGGAAGAAAAUGUGUACCUGACAGCCAGCACGGUGUACGGGCUGGAGGGGCAGCUGACCACCCUGGAAGAUGCCGCGCGCAAGAUCAACAGCGUUACUGCAGAAUCUGAGCUGGCCGAUCUGGAGGAUCAGGUAGCCACAGCAGCUGCCCAGGUUCAUCACGCGGAGCUUCAGAUUUCAGAUAUUGAGAGCAGAAUAUCAGCUCUCACUGUUGCAGGCUUGAACGUGGCUCCAUGUGUUCGCCUGACAAGGAAACGGGAUCAAAAGCAAAGAAACCAGAUGCAUACAAUAGACACAUCAAGACAGCAGAGGAGAAAACUUCCAGCUCCACCAAUAAAAGGUGAAAAAAUAGAUGGUUCUCCAGUUACCACUGUCAGAACAUUUAACAGAAACUUCAUGCUUCAAGGAUCUCUAACACAAAGAACUAAAGAGAGGAAAAGCACUGCCAAGGACUUAAUGGAACCCGCUAUAGGAUCUGCUGUGAUGUACUAAAGUUACACUUCCCUACUGCCAAUAACACACUGCCUAAGGCUGUACACUAGAGUGCCUUUACUUAACAGCCAUUGUGUAUGUCCAGCUGAAAAUGGACCCUCAAGAACCCACAAUGCCUCAGUUAUAGGGCUUCGUUUGGAUACCUCACUGAGAAAGCUGUCCAAGUCUUCAGCAUUGUGGUCUGCUAAAGGAAACUCUGCCUUAAAGUUCUCACAAGACUCUAGAGAGGAUGCUGAGUUUCAAAUGCAAGGCUCCACAUUUUAAGAUGCACUUUUUCUCCCUAUUGAUUGUACUACAGUAUGUCGUCUUUAAACUGCAGUAUGUUUUUGUACACUCAGUCGAUCAUAACUAUAGGCCAAUACUUCAUACAAAAAGAAAGAACAAAGCAGACCUGUGAUCCAUAUUUGCUGGCCUCUUACUAUUCACGUGGGCAUCUAUCUUCUUGAGCAAUAACAACAACUCUGUGCAGUGUAUGGGAGUGGAGAAUCAGUGCACCUGGCUCUGCUCAGAGUCAGUGGAAGCUUUGACAGGGUUUGCAGGAUGCGAUGCGAUGUGCAAAGGCUUCUCUGUUCAGUUAAGGGUGUGUUUCACAGAGUUAAUGUUCUAGCUCCAGAGCUAGGUAUUUUGCUCUUGUUGGCAGGGGGAACAUGGAUGUCACAUUGAACCGUGAAUUGGUGGCAGCACAUGUGGACCAGAUCUCUGUUGAGUUACGAUCCUGGUGUCUGGAAGCAUCUGAACAGUUGUGAAACCAGCACCUUUGUAUGUCUCGUUUUUCUUGGUAGUAUCGUCUGCUUAGUGGUGUCCAACCACGCUGUAGUGCAGAAUAAAUUCUGACCAAAUCUUUAAGGUUGGAAAAAGAGAGCAAAAGUGUUGUGGAUGAGAUCUCUGCUGACUGGCUGGUGGUUGUAGGGUGGCUGCAGCCUGUAAGAGGUUCCUUUCUGCCAUUUUCUGGCUUUUCUGAGGAGGGGGCAAAUGUAACCCAGAUGUCUCUUCCUUUACUAGUCUGUAGCCAACGUGGAGUAGCUGGGGCCUGUUGCUGGUGCCAUGUGCACCCCACUGCCACUGGACCACUCUGAAUUGGAUUGUGAAUAGUAAAACUUCUUUUUUUCAUUUCUUGAGACCAUUGAAAGGUGAGCCAAACCAAAAGGCCCUUGAGCAGAUGCCCAGGAAGGAAGAUGCUGCUUACAGGGUGUCCCUCUCACCCUUCUUGGGGAGGACCCUGCCAAUUCAUGGUACAUUUUGCUCUGAAGAAUACAAAGGAGGUGGUCAGAGGAGGUGAUAAGCCAGUGAAUCCCUUACCGUCCACACAAAGGUGCAGAGCAGGUACCCAAAUGCGGACUGGGUUGAUGCGAAACGUGCUGUGAAGGAGGGCUGGGGCUGGCCAGAUCUCCCUCGGCACGAAGGAGUGCUGAGCGAUCCCGGGAGCAGCGGGUGCCAGGGAAGGAGGAGAGCUGCUCCUUCCCCGGGCUCCCGGCGGACACCCAGCAGCAGAGUCAGCGGUCCCCGGGGACACCGGGCCUGAGAUGUCUACGGUUGGGCCAAUACGAGCAGAACGGGGCAAAUUUCCUGGCUGGGCUGGAUUUAGGGGGGGCGGGUGGGGGAGGUGAGGAAUGGCUGUAUGGGACGGUUGGGAAAACGGUGCCAGUUGCAAAUCUGCCACCCACAUUUGGCGUCUAGCUUGUCAGUACUCUGACAUGCAGCUGCAGGUAAGGAACCCUCGGAAUAAAUGCAACCAUCUGCGCCCCUAGAAUACAGAAGCAUCACUCCACCCCUUCGAGGAAUUUCCAUCUGCCCGAGAUCUGACCCACUGUGUUCAUUCUGGGUGAAAUUAUGCCUUCUUUUAGCCUCACACAAUACUAGUUCCCUGAAAUUGGUUUUGCACAGAUGUGAGGGCAGAAUAUGGCCCACUCUGUUUAAUAUAUAAGUAUAUAUAUAAAACAAAUAGAUUUUAUUUAUAUAUGCAAUCCAGUAAAGGAGAUUAAACAGAGUAGGAUGCCUAGUAAUUUUUUUGUUACCCAGUCUCCUCCUCCUUCCUUGACUGUUCUUGUGUGUGUAUACAAUACAUUCCCAGGUUCUGGUUUAUGCAGGUAUGCGUGUUAUGAAAUGUCAUCAAUGGUGGUUGGUCUACAUAUUCGUCUAAUAAAUAAUAACUAAUAUCGUGUAUGUAAUAUCAAUCCAGAAUUUACUAAUUUUAAUAGAAUAACUCUUUGGCUUUUGUUCUGUUAGUGUGAUUUAAACAAGCCAACAAAGUUUGGAAUAGGUUGUUUUCCUUAAGAGGCAUGAAAAGCAACUAUUAUCGUGUUACAAUGUUAAAAUAUUCAGUCUUCUUUGACAGAAAAAUGUGUACUGUGUAGGCAUUGCAAAAAAAAAAAAAAAAAGAAAAAAAAAAAUCCCACCUGCUCUAAGGCAUUUGAAUUUUUACAAAUGUUUAUUGUGCCAAAUAUGUGCAUAGAUAUAAUUUACUGUUUUGAAAAAGUCAUAAAAGCAUAUGUUAUAGCACACAAAGGAUUAUUUUGUCAUCAAGUGAUUUCAAUCUUUAGUGUUAAUAUUUAUAUUUAGAUUAAUUUUUAUAAAUGAAAAUAUUUUAAUGGGUAAAAUGGAGACUAUAUGAUCUAUUUGAUUGAGUCUGAGUGAAUAUUAAGCUUGCCUUGUUGUUGUUAUCUGCAUACUCACCAAGAAUUAUUGUGAAGAGAAAUUAUACAAGAGUAAAAGCGAUUUACGAAAAGAA